AUGACAGAGCAUUUCAAUUACGGACCCCGCAUGAGUCUCGAUAAACUCCAUUACCCACGAUCGCGGUGAGCCUUUCGCCUCCUUCCCAAAUAACUCGUUGAUUUCAGUCCGACCCCCCUUUCGUCCGAGUAUCUCGAUCUGAAAGUGAAGGGCAAGCCCGCGGAUCGGCUCGUCUCCAGCAGCACUUCUUCUCUUGGAUCCCACUGGAAGAAGGUGGAUUCGUACGUGAAGCGCCACGAUUACUCGUCCGACUCCGCGUCCGAACCUUCCCCGCUCGCCACGCCCACUCCCAUCUCUUCCAUUUCCUACUCCACACCUUCUUCUUCUUCUUCUUCCUCCGCCGGUGCUCCCACUCUCCAUUCCAUCGGCUCCAUCUCCUCUUCCGAAGAGGCUUCCGACAAGACGCUCACCAAUCAGUCUUCCUCUUCCUCUCCGUCUUCCGGGACCAUUUCCGAGCCAUCCGGACCGCCGUCGGCGUUGAUGGUUGACACGGAAACGCACGAGGAACGGCAAUGUCUCGCCCUCCAGAUGUGGGGACUCGUGGAGUUGGACGAGGCGCUCGUGAGGAACAUCGGCCAGCUGGACGAGCAUCUUCGUCUUAUGACCGAGAAAUAUUUCGAGGUGUUCAAAACGAGCCUGGCUGUCUGGAAAAAGAACGAGCUGAGGGUGGACGCCUCGAAAGAGCAUCACGACGAGAUCAUCGAAGAGAUUGACGAAAAGAUGGAGCAGUUUUUUGAUCUUGUCUCGCAGGUUUCUCCAGUUUUUUCACUCGACCCUCAACAGUUGUUUCCAGAAGAAGAGCACUUUCCACAAGAAAGCGAAACUCGAGGAAUUUGUCCAAAACAACGAGGGCGCGUUCGAGGCGAGUCUGAAGACGUUGGAGCUCAUGAAGGACAACGAACGGCGCAUCAGAGCCCUCCGGAUGAAGAUGCACGUCAACGAUCCGGAGCACGCAGCUCUGACCGUCUUUGAGCACGAGGACCAUCGCGUCGGCGAAGUGUUCCGCAAACUGACCACGAUGGUCCGCAACCUUCCGCUCCACGAGAACGAGCGCGCCGAUCUGGACCACUUUGUCGGGAGCGUCGAGUUGAAUUCUCAGUUCGCAGGGGUCUACAAGUGUGAGCUCGUGCUCCGCCGUCUGCUGAGCCUCAUGAACUCGUGGCAGGACUCUGCUCAAAGAUCCAAGUCGCUCAGCACUCUGCACAGUGUCGAUUGGCGCAGUGUCCCGGAGAAGCAGAGCGGCGUUCCGAACGCAUUCCAGAGCUCUUCGUUCGGUCUGAGCUCGCUGAGCGAUUUGAGCACCGACGACUCGAAUUUGUCGGAUUUGGAUGGUCAGUUGCGUGGCGCACAGACGAGAAGAGCGAUCGGAACUCCGCUCGGGGAGUGCGGGUCCUGGUCGACCGACUCCUUGCUCGCCUCGUUCAACACUUCUGGCAAAUCAAGCGUUCAGUCUCUCGGGGAACAGAUGACUCUAUCGUCCUACGAACCGUUCACCUCUUCUGAAGGAUCCGGAGAAUCGACUAUGACUUCUUGUAACACAAAAUCACUUGAAUUCAAUUCCCGUUUGCAAAUUUUCAGUGUCGACGCACUCGAUGCCUUUCCAAAACGUCGAUCCUCUGCGGAAUCAGCUGGCCGAAGACGCGGCCGGAACUUCUGUGAAGACUGCUCUUUCUCAGGAGAUGACGAUCGGAGACCAUCCUCCGAGAUCCGGUGGAGCCACUCCCGACGUGUCCGUCGCGUCCGGCACCACUCUUUCCACUUCGGCGCCUUCUCUCAACUUCUCUUCCGUCUCACUCUCUGAAAUGGUCGACGACGCCCUGCACACUGCCAAAGAAGCCGGUAAGUAGUGAGAAAAAGGGAAGAAAGCAUCCGCCCAGUGCGGGGCUGAAACCCGCGACGACAAGAUUAAGAGUCUGGAGCUCUAGACUGGGCGGCAAUUCCUACUGGUUCGCCCUCUCUCGUCACCCUCCAAUUGUUGUUCUUUUAGCGGAAAUCCAGACGGGCAACUUGUUUGAGGCUCUGCAAAGUUCGGCCAGCAAGUGCGGAGUGGCCCUUUCGGUGAGUUUGCUAAUAGUUUUGAAUUCCACUUCCACUCCCCAUUUACAGGAUCUGAUGACUGCGAUCUCAAGCAGUUCGGAGAGUCUCUCGGCCACCCAGCCUUCCGACUCGAGCUCCAUCGCCCAUUAA